CACUAUGAUAUUCUGAUUCACAAUCACGAUCUCUCAGCUGAAACGCGUGCCCAAUUACGUCUCAAAAUCCAAGUGUCUGUCAAAAUGACUCGACACACAUAUGAGUCUGAAGUCUCUACCUUCAGGGGCUUUUGACCUGUCCAGGAUUCCUCCUUCCACCUUCAUCAUCUUGUAGACUAGAGAAUCAAACAGAACCCAUAAAGCAAUCUGCUCCCAACUUUUUGAACAACCCCAAAUUCAGAGCCUUUCAUUUCAGCUCCCUUCAACAACUACUGAAGAAGCUCUCAAACACAAUGGAUGUGUAUCCCAAGGUGAAGGUCAGGCAACAAGAAGAGAAGGAUGAUCAACAUGCCCUUCUUGAUUUUUCUACUCCAGGACAAAGAUGUUUCUCCAGCUACCGUUGCAAAAGUUCCAAAAUCUUAUGUUCCAAGAGUAGUUAUGCCAUCAAUCUCUGUUGCUGAAGGAGCAAAGAAGGCCAAUAAGAUUGAAGAGAUGAAUAAACAAAAUAUUAGAGCCAGCUCAAUCCCUCCACCUCGUGCUGUCUUAUCCAGUCCUGACAAUGAUACGGUGAUUGGAAACAAAAAUAGGAUCAAAGCACAACGACCAUCUGCUCUGAAGAAUCAUAGCUUGGUUCAGAAUAGAAGUACACCAUGUAUUCCACUCCACAUUACUGAAAACUCCAUAAAUACAAAAAAAUCCAAGGGGACUUUAGUUGAGAACUGUCUUAAGGAAAGGAAAGGAUCAGCAUCAAAACUAACAAGUCAGAUACGGCCAUCAAGAACUGGGAAAUCAAGCUCUAAGGAAAAAUUUUACAGCUGUUAAGAUAUAGGACUGGAAAGUAAAAACAAUCCUAAUUUAGGAUUGGAAUUCGAUGACACUCCUUAUCAAGAUCUCAAAACUAUAGGAUUGAAGUUUGGUGACAAUCCUGAUACGGGAUUGAGAGGCAAUAGUGGUCCAAAACUAGACAAUAUGCAGGUCUCUGCUCACAUCAGUGCCAAAGCACAACCUUAUGCUCCAAGACAUAGAACAGAUAAGAUUCCAUCUGACUGGAGCAGACAAGCACAAAGCAAGACAAGGAGGAGCCUUUGAAUUGUACUAAGCUCACAAUGACCAUACGCGUAUUUACUUUGAAUUGUAUAGGGCAAAUGCCAAAGAGGUCAGUAUAAGUUGAUGUAAAUGUAAUUUGAACUCAGAGAAGAAAUACACAAGAAAUUCUCUCAAAACA